AAGGGCCAGCGUGACGCGGCCACCUCACCCGCCAAACCGCCCGCGCCCGCCACGGCCACUCCUCCGUGCCCCAUGCUGCGCGGCGGGCGUCAGCUGCCUCGGCCGCCGCGCGCGUUCCUCGACCCGUCAAUCACCCCCACGCCGGCAAUAAUUUCGGCGCGGGUUUUCUCCCGCCGCCGCGCGCGGGAUGGCGUCCGCGCCUUGCCUUCUUCCCCGUCACCGCUCGCUCCGCCGCUCCUAUAACAGCCGCUGCUGCAUCCGUCCCUCCCCCUUCGGCCCCGCCCGUUCUUCUUCGAGCGGAAGCGGCAGCUCGUCAGGACUGAAAUCUGCCGGAAACCUUUAUUUUCAUCCAGUAUAAAGGGGAGGUCCUGUUUCGUGUUCAUCAAUGGAUACAUCCAAAAGCAAGAACGGACCAGAUCAUCUCCUUAUUCUUGUUCAUGGUAUCAUGGCAAGCCCCAGAGACUGGACAUAUGGGGAAGCAGUGCUGAAGAGGCGGUUGGGUGAUAAUGUUUUCAUCUAUGCUAGUUCAUCGAACAUCUACACGAAAACCUUCGAUGGGAUUGAUAUAGCUGGAAGAAGGUUAGCAGAUGAAGUCUUGGAUGUGGUUAGGAAGAUGUCCGGCUUGAGAAAGAUUUCCUUCCUAGCUCAUUCUUUGGGCGGCUUGUUUGCAAGAUAUGCUAUUUCGAUACUCUACUCACCGGAAACAAAGAAUACGGGUCAAAGUAGCGUGCGUAUCGUGCCUACAACCAGAGGAACUGCAAAAUCACGAUGUGCUUCAGGAUUAGUUGCAAUUGCUGUACUGGAGCCAAUAAAUUUUAUUACCUUAGCAACCCCACAUGUUGGGGUUAGAGGGAGAAAUCAGCUUCCGUUUCUUCAAGGGCUAUCAAUUCUAGAGAAACUUGCUGCACCUUUGGCUCCUUUGAUUGUUGGGCGCACUGGUGCUCAACUCUUUCUCACCGAUGGUGAGCCUAGCAAGCCACCUCUUCUUUUACAAAUGGCAUCUGAUUGAGACAACAAAAAGUUCAUAUUAGCGCUAGCAACUUUUAAGAAGCGCAUUUUGUAUGCUAAUGUUUCAUAUGACCACAUGGUCGGCUGGCGAACAUCUUCAAUAAGGAGAGAAAAGGAGCUUAUAAAGCCCCUGAAUCGUUCACUGGAUGGCUAUAAGCACAUUGUGAAUGUUGAAUACUGCUCGCCCAUAUCAUCACAAGGACCCCAUUUCCCUUCCGAAGCUGCCAGAGCCAAAGAAGCUGCACAGAGAACACCAAACACAGAAAAUACCGAGGAAUACCACCAGAUGAUGGAAGAGGAGAUGGUCCAUGGCCUGCAGAAGGUCGGUUGGAAGAAGGUGGACGUCAACUUCCAUUCAUCAUUGUGGCCUUACUCUGCUCACAACAACAUACAUGUUAAGAAUGAGUGGCUUCACAAUGUUGGCGCUGGUGUCAUCGCGCACGUCACGGACAGCAUAAAGCAGCAGGAGUCACGGCCAUGUCUUCCUGCCAAUCUGUAGCAUUAGCACCCCCAUUUGCUUGACAUUUUCUGUGGCUAGUAAACGCAUGACAAACUUCUGAUUGUCUGCAUUCACUGAGCAACCAAAUAUUUUGGCACCGGGAAGAUAUAAUGAUGAGCCAUAAGUUGGUCGCUUC